AUGAUUUCUAAUAGCUUGUGUCAGUGUAGUCGAUGUACUAAAAGUUUUGAUACAACUGCUUUUAUUAGUAAAACUAGAAAACCUACAAAAAUAUGUAAUGAAUAUCGUGAAAAAACUUUAAGAAAUUAUGCCGUGAAGUUUAAUAAUAAUGAACCUUAUAAUCAGAACUUUAUUGAGCCAAAGGAAAUGAAAAAAAAAUUAUUUGAGUCUAUUAUUGAAGUUAGAAAUAAUGAACAUAUUGAAAAUGAAAACUCUGGUAUAGAACUUAUAUACAAGAUAUUUACUAUUUCAUUAAAAAGUGAACCUCAUGAACUUGGAAAAGCAAUUGCUAAAAUAGUAGGAUCUGCUGAUGAGUAUUAUUACAUAAUCUCAAAUCCAAAUCUAACUCAAAAACAAGUUCACGCAUGGUGGACUUAUUUUUUAAAACAAGAGUAUAUCCAUAACAAUGAUAAUCAACUAAUUUCUACAAAAAUAUUUAUAGAGGAAAAUGAAUGUAAUGCAACAUAUAAAAUGAAUGCAUUAGGGUAUAAGUUAUAUGCAAUUAUUGGUCAAUAUGAUGGCACUGGAUUUGCACUUGCAUAUUUGUUUAUAGAGGAGUCUAAAAAAAAUGAUGAUAAAGAUUUUACUCAGGUGAUAGCUGCAAAGAGAGUUUGGUUAAAUAUCAAAAUUCAAUUUUGUUUUUGGCAUAUUAAGAAAACACUUGAAAAACAUAACGAUAAUGGAUCAAUGCAAAUAUUUGAAGAAUAUAAAUCUGUACUUCUAGAUGCUCUUAAAAUUGUUCAAGAACAAGAAAAUGCUAAUAACAUUCAAUGGGCGCAAUCUGUUCAAGAAAGUUUUAAAGGUGUAAAAAAUUUAGUGACAGAUAUUCAUUCAUAUAAUAGAAGAAUAACUAAUCCAC